GAAGAAGAAUCAAAACCUUUAGCAGAUGUUGUUAUCUGUGUGAGUAAGAAGCUCAGUAAAAAGCAGAGUGAAUUGAAUGCUAUUGCUGCAUCUCUUGGAGCAGAUUACAGGUGGUGCUUUGAUGAAACUGUAACACAUUUCAUCUAUCAGGGAAGGCAGAAUGAUAACAACCGAGAAUACAAAUCUGCUAAAGAAAGAGGCAUAUACAUUGUUUCAGAGCAUUGGCUCUUGGAGAGUGCACAAGAAUACAAACGACUAGCUGAAUCUAUUUAUCCUCAUACAUAUAAUCCUAAAAUGAGUUUGAAUAUAAGUGGUGUGGAAGAUGACAGAUUCUCACAAAGGCUUGAUUCUGCUGGAAAAGAAGGGAAAGGAGACAAAAAUAAUUCACUGAAUGAUAACGAUACCAAAAAGGUUAUUAUUGAUCAAACAAAUGAGGUUGAACAAAAGGAGCAUGAACCAAAAGGAGUUUUAACACAGACAUUGGAAAUGAGGGAAAACUUUCAGAAGCAACUCCAAGAAAUCAUGACUGCCACAACCUUAGCAAAGCUGCAAAGACAAAGGAACUCUUUAUCUCGGAAUGGUUUUGAGAAUUCUCCAACAACUCCAGAUGGACCUCGUUCUGCUCGGAAUGGCCGCAGUAGAAUUUUGGAAGCUUUAAGGCAGUCACAUGAUGGAGCAAUUGAUGUCAAUACUGAGCCAUCCCAGAAUGAACAGAUAAUUUGGGAUGACCCUACGGCAAGAGAGGAGAGAGCAAGGCUUGCCAGCAACCUUCAGUGGCCUAACAGUCCUUCACAGUAUUCAGAACAAAUUCAAACUACUGCAGUGCCCCCAGGAGAACUUUCACUUAGAAAGUCUUUGAGUGAUGCAGAAAUUAUUGAAAUGGGGAUUAAUGAUUCAACGAAAAUUGAUUCAGUGGAGGUUGCAAGUCUUCUAAUUAGUAAUCCAGAAACACCGAUUAAAGAAGAUCACCUGAUCCCAACUCCAUUGGCUCCAGCUAUUGCUUUUCCAUUGGCAAAUCCUCCAGUCGCUCCCCAGCCAAAAGGAGAUGUAUGUUCUGUCAUGAUCACUAAAAUUGACCAAAGGGACUAUGAAGAACCAACAAAAAUGCACAGAUUUCAGCUCUCUUCUCUUAAUCCUCAGGAACGAAUUAAUUAUUAUCAGCUAAUUGAAGAAUUAGGGGGAGUGGUGUUGGAGAAGCAAUGCUUUGAUUCAAGCUGCACACAUACAAUUGUGGGACAACCUCUUCGUAAUGAGAAAUUCUUGGCAUCAAUGGCAGCAGGAAAAUGGGUGCUUCAUCGUUCCUAUUUGGAAGCAUGCAGAGCAGCAGACAGCUUUGUAAAGGAGGAAGAUUAUGAGUGGGGAAGCGACUCUAUACUUAGUGUACUGACCGGAAUCAAUAUAGUUCAGAAGAAGUUAGCAGUUGCAGCAAUGAGAUGGAGAAAGACAAUACAACAAUGGAAAGAGCAAAACAGCUCUGCUGAGGGAGCAUUUGGUGGUUGGAGAGUUAUUUUGAAUGUUGAUCCAGCAAAGGAAUCAGGCUUCAAGCGUCUUCUAGAAUCAGGAGGUGCAAAGGUGUUAUCUGCAUAUUCUCCACCUAUCUUUAGAGAAGUUACUCAUUUUUUUGCUGAUCUUAAUAAACUGAAGCCAGAAGAUGUGAGAAUUAAUAUAAGAGAGGCUACAGCUCAAGGGGUUAAUUGUCUGAAGCCAGAAUACAUUGCUGACUACUUGAUACAGGAACCACCACCUUCAAUGGAAAACUAUCAUUUACCAGAAGCUGCUGCUUAUCUCCAGAAUAGUAAAAUAUUUGGAAUUGGGUUGUCUCAAAAACGUAAAGCUGCUGAAGAAAAGCAUACAGCAAAGAGAUCCAGAAUUCACUGAGGCGACUAAUCUGAAAAUAUAAAUUUUCAAUUUCUAUUUGUUUUCCUUUCCAAGAUAAAAGAUAUUAAUUUUUGUUAUAUUUUUGUGUGCCUUAGAUUUCAAGAAAUAACUGCCAUUUUUUCAAAAUUAAACUUCUGCAACUUUUAUUACAGGGUUGGAGGAAUAGGUAGUUAUAUUCAUAUUGUACUUGAAAUGAUCCUUGAAAUACUUUAUUCAGUAAAUGCUUAAAAAAAACUUUAGAUAAAAUACACAAGGCCACCUAACAUAACUUUUGCCUGCAUUUGUCUUUUCUUAUUGGUUUCCACAAGACAAUUAUAUAAUGUAAAUAUAGGUUGCUAUAUCAGCUUAUAUUAGGGCAUAGCCUCAUUGAAGUUUUUCCUGCUUUUAUAAUUUAUCUUUCCUUUUCUAAAAACCUGCAUUUUAACUUUAGCAACUUGGGAAUUUUCUUUUCAAUGGAGAAUAUGGUUAAGCAUCUCUAAAAAGAUAGAACGUUACCUUUCAGACCAAGGGUCAUCUGAUUUUUUUAAAUUAAAAAAAAUCAGAAUUGCCUAACCAAAAUUUCAGACUUUGUUUCCAAAUAACUUAUUAACUGGGAUGUAAUUUAUAUAAAGCUCUAAUUUUGACAUGCUUAAAGUAUUCUCCCAGUUCUUUCAUUUGUUAAAUCAAUGUUUAAUAGUAGUAUCAAGGAAUCUGUAUACAGCAAGUAUCAGCCACAUCUGAGACAGUUUAUUUAAAUUGGCCUCCUAUUCAUUUAUUUCAAUAGCAGUAGUACGAAUAGCAAGAUUUGAAGUAACAGCUACUUUGCAGAAACAAAGAAGAGAUCAUUCACUGUCUCCUUUCAAAAUUUUAUUGAGUUUUUACUUUUCAAAAAUAAUUUCAAAAAAUUGCAAAUGAGGAAAAAAAAUCAGUAUUUGGAGAAUUGGAAAUUAAGAUUUAGAUUAUAUUCUUUAAUAGUAAAACUAAAAUUCAACCUGAUGUUUGCUAGUUUUGUUUUUAAAGAAACUACUUGGUGUCUACAGUAAAUAAGAAACAAACAGAUUUGAUGCAAUAUUGAACAGUUGCUAAUUGAUUCAAGGACCUUUUCUCAGGCAAUAUAACUGAUAAGGAUAACACUACUUUUGUCUUGAAAAAGCAUAUAACAGAAGAUUUCUACAAAAAGAAUAACAAACUGUGAAUGUUAAAUUUAUUUCAUUCAGAGAGAUUACAAAAAUGAUAAUUCAUCUCAUCCAUGCAAAUCCCAAGAACCUUAUUAAUACAAUUAUAUCAGCAUAGUAAUCACACAGAACCAAAAAGAAAUGUAUAAAGUUUGAAAAAUCAACCAUGCCUUUUUAGAAAGUCCAUUAUUACAUUAUCAUUAACAUGUGUAAAGAACUUUCUAUAGUAGUAGUAAAAUACUGUAAAUAAAAUCAAGUUAAAUAUUUUCUUUUUGUGACAGAUUUCAGCAAAUUUAAUUACACCUUGUACUUUUAUAGCACCUUCAUUGGAAAACUCAAAAACAUUUUAUAAAGCUGAAGUCAACCUCACAACAUCCCUGUGAAAUAGGGUAGUAUUGUCUUUGUAGCUUAGAAAAUAAACAAUCUAAUUUCCGAUGCUGUAUUUAAUACAAUGCUUCCUCCUUUGCAGUGGUUUCAAACUUCUUCAUAUUCUUGAAUUUGUCACUUGACAAGUUUUCUAUGUUUUUGUAAAUAAGAAAUUUCAUUGAAAUCCAUUAUAAUUUCCAUUUUGGUGGAACAAAUGUUAGAAAUGUUAUUUUUUGUAUUUUAAUAACAGCCUUUUAUCUGACGUACAUCAGCAUAUUUAUGGACAGAUAAUCUGAAGUUUUACUCCUUUUCACUUUGCUCCUAAAAAGAAGAGGCAUUCUAUGCAUCCAAGAGAAUAAACAUGACAAGAGUUCUAAUCUAUCCUA